AUGGCAACUGGUUAUUAUGGUAUUGUAGAUGAAGUUCGGGUGGUGCUAGUUGAUCCUGAAACAAAGAAUGUCACUAAAAUGGUGGAUUUGAUGAAGUCUUAUGACUACAAAGUUAUUACAGUUCGUACAUCUUCAGAAGCAAUGGAAAUGCUUUCAAAAGGAGAGGAAAAAAUUGAUGUGAUUAUAAUCAGUGUUCCUACACCGAAUUUGAAUUCUUUUAAACUUUUGGAUCAAGCUGUGACCUUGGAUAUAAUUUCACUAUUUAUAUGUGAUGAAUACAAUGAACUCUUGGCAAAAAAAGCUUUGAAAGAAGGGGCAAGCCUUUUUGUACACAGGCCACUAAAUGAGGAAAUUGUGAAAUACCUGUGGCAAUUUGUACUUAGGAGAAAAAUAGAAAGAGAGACAGCGAAAAAAGGAUCAGAAGAUGGACACAAGAUGACUGUUAAUGAUGUUGAUACAAAUAAUAUGGAUGGAGAUAAUGAAGUAUUAUCUGAAAAAAUAAAUUAUGAGGAAGUUGAAGACCAUAUCGGAUCGAAUGGAAAGUACAAGCGGAGGAGGAAGAACAAUAGAAAAGAUAUGAAAAAGAACAAGGUUAUUAAGCAAAAGAAUUGUCUAAAGUGGACUGCAAAUCUUCAUGCAAAAUUUAUGAAAAGCUUGGAACAAUUAGGUGAAGGAAGAUGUUACCCAAAGGAAAUAGUGGCGGUUAUGGAUGUGCCUGGUCUUACCAGGAUGCAGGUAGCGAGCCAUUUACAGAUUCUUAAUCAAACUCUUGUUUGA